GUACCAGCGUACAAUUGCCGGCUGACAGUUGACAGCACUAUUCCCGCGUGGCCUCUCCCUUGACGCUGGGGCGCGUCCUCCCCGAUUCUGCAGCCAUUCAACGACGAGCCCUUCACCCGCCUGCGUCUGCGAAUACCUCGCCGCCAACGCAUACGAUCUCCACCCAUCACCUCUCGGACUCGGCUAUUCGCCAUCACAUCUCCAACCUUGAACCUCUUCACAGAGCGACUAAUAUUCGAUAUCAUUGCCUUGCGAGCCCUACCCCCGAUAUCCAGACAGCAGCUUCCUCAGCAUGCGCCCGAAGCCUGCGUUCACCAUCGAUAUCCCGAAGAUGGAACCCCAAUCCGCCGUCGACGUCUCCUCUCCAUCAGCCGCUCCGAUCUACGAUCGCAUUGCAUCCCUGGAGGCCCUGCGUCAAGAGCACCUCCGCGCCGCAGCCGAGAUUGAGAAGGAGGUCGCCCGCCUCCACGAACUCCUCGCAGACACCAACAGUGAUCACACCAAGGCUGUCCCCAAGCCUGCCCACCCUAAACUCACCUUCAAAUCACAAGUCCAGUACCAUGACGACCCUUCCGAGCCCGUACAGCCCGACAACAUCCCCGCUCAGCCGAAUUCAUCCGCCCUCUCCGUCUUCAUUGAGCCCGCCCCGCUGCACUCCCCGCUCCCAAAGGCGAACCUCAUGUACGCGGGCCACACGCCACUGCUGCCUGGCUCGCCGUCCCCGGAGCACCGGUCGCCGACGGCUGAGACGACACCGGAGCAAUACCUCGACGGGCCACUGACGCUGCCGCUCGCGCCUGGCGACGGCAGCGACGAUGGCAUAAGUCUGCGCGCACUGGGAGAGAGGCUGGCGGACAUCGCGAAAGAGCGGGUCGAGGACACGCUCGAAGGCCAAGUCCGUGUGAAGUCGGAGACGGUGGAGAUAGUGCUGAACCGGAAGGAGAUUGAGGCGGAUGGGAUAUUGCUGAAGAAGACGCAGCCGAUGAACAUGGGCGCGCCGAUGGGGCAGAUUUGAGCCACCAUUCUGUGCGGACCCCUGAUUUACGACCCCCUGUGACGAUAUCUACUUGGAGACAAUUUGGGACAUUCUGGAGGCGUUUUCAUUGGCACAGACGGAAGCCGAGGGAGGCAUCGGAAAAGGGCUCGGGAAAUGGGUGAUUUACGACUUGGACGGACCAUCUGCAUUGGCGGGAAAUUUCGGGUUUGGUCAACUGAUAGCGGUGUGGCGGGUAGCCCGUACGUAGUGUUCGGAUGGACCGUUUGCUACAUAUGAAUUCCGAACAGGAUUCAUUCAUUGGAAUGCUGGAGAAUCUAGCAGCACCGGCAGCUCAACGCUGCAAUUAUAUAGUGUCUAAAAUGGAUAAGUGGUCAAUCAGAGCAUAUAAGAAUGGUUAGUUUAUGCG